CGCGUGUUUGCAGCUACCGUCGACAACAAUGAUUUAAUACGAAGAAACAUUUAUGCGACAGUUCGGUGUUGGCUAUUGAUAUUUGGAAAGCUCAACCCUAACUUACCAAUUUAGCUGAUGUUAUGGGCAAGUGGAAUUGGUUUCGAUUAUGAAGCAUGGAAGGGGAGGUUGUACCAGACAAGGAACGCCCUCUUUCGGGGGUGAUUCUUUGCUGUACGUCGAUAUUGCCAGAGUACCGGGAAGAAAUAGCUUCCAUGGCCACCCAGAUGGGAGCUGUCCAUAAAUUUGAUCUCACUUCAGAUGUCACGCAUUUGAUCGUCGGAGAACUGAAUACCCCAAAAUAUAGAUAUGUGGCCAAGGAGCGGGCUGACAUAAAGGUCUUAAAGGCGGAAUGGGUUGAAGCUGUCCGGUCAUCCUGGGUACUUGGGGGGGAUACCAAUCUUCAGGAGCUGGAAGAACAAUAUCGAUAUCCCACAUUUGCUGGCUUAUCUAUAUGCCUUACGGGAUUUGACGACAUGAAUCACAGGAACUCCCUACAGAAGACGAUCACGGACAAUGGAGCGGAAUUUCGCCGGGAUCUUACAAAGAGUGUCACCCAUCUGAUUGCGCGAUCUGGAUAUAGUCAAAAAUAUAAGUAUGCAAUGCUGUGGAAAAUAACAGUGGUUAGCCUAAAGUGGCUUGAAGACAGCCUUGUGCGAGGGAUGGCUCUUGAUGAGAACCUCUAUGACCCUCUGCUCCCGGAUGAAGAGCAGGGCAUUGGCGCAUGGAAUAGAUCCGCCCCGGGAGUUCCCGUGAAGCGACCCAAAGCGGCCAUAACCAAUCCUCAACGGACUCGGAAAAUCCGCAGAGUUGCAAGCAUGAAACUGGGUGGCCAAAACGAGGAUAUCUGGACAGAUAUUGUAGGGGAUGCUACGAGAACCUCAAACUCGAGUGCUAGCAUUAAAACUGAUCCUAGCGGGCAAAUGGCUGAUACUCCAGCGGUGAUCCAAGAACUAAAGUCCUUCGCUAGCGAGACUACCAUAACUGAAAGAGCUCGCCCUGCCAUGACCGAAAUGUCCACACAAAAAUCACAGGAGCUUGAUGUAGCUCGCCGUGGAUUUUGGUUCGGCGCUAGAUUUUUUAUAAAAGGGUUCUCUUCAAGUCAAACUAGAAUUUUGGAGACUCACCUGCGCUCUCGUGAUGCUCAAAUCGUUGCGUGCCUAAAUGAACUUGCAGGAGACAUCCCAACAAGUGGACCCGCAAUGUAUAUACUCGUGCCGCAUAAUUUACCACGUUCCGAACUUCCAUCUAUUGAUGACUUUGUCGUAGAGCCAGAAAUUGUGACGGACCUAUGGAUUGAGAAGUGCCUGCAUAACAAUGCUCUCGUGCCUCCUGAGGCACAUAUUACUAGCACUCCCUUCCCGAAAUUCCCAAUACCAGCAUUCCAAGGGCUGAGAGUUUGCUCGACUGGAUUUUCCGGUAUUGAUCUCUUACAUCUUUCGAAGCUCGUCAAGGUAAUGGGGGCUACCUAUGACGAGUUUCUCACGCCCAAAGCAUCAGUGCUUAUCUGCAACAGUGGAAACCCGAAUCAAGAAAAACUGCGACAUGUCGCGGAAUGGAAUAUCCCAGCUGUCAUUGCGGAUUGGCUAUGGAUUUCAGUUCAGACUGGGGAGAGAAAACCGUUCACACCGUAUAUAAUCGAGUAUAGACAGCCUCAGGACACUAGAUGUCCGACCCAACUUAUUCAACGGGAUGAAGUGAAACAAAAUGAACCCAAGAAGCGUAAGGCGCUGUUAGAAGAUGAAAUAUCCCCACACACCGGCCCAGACACAGCUAAACAACCCACACUUCCUGCCCGAACUAAAGAAAAAUGGAAAUACACUCCAGUAGCGCGAGAACCAAGUGUCCCACCCGGCAGCGCCCUCCAAGAGCUUUCAGCAAACUCGCCACGGAAAACAGCCAGCCGUUCCCCGUCCCCUUCAAAGCGCAACCAAACCCCUGUCCCCACCCUCCCCGUGCCAUCUGUCAGACCAAGGCACCCAGCAGCAGAAGAAUCUCAUAAUAAUAAUAACAAUAAUGAUUAUAACGAGUAUAAUAACGAUAAUAACCAGAAUUCCAAAACGACUCUCGACAGCGCCCUGAAUGAAUUCCUAAAACAAAAGCGCCGGGCAGCUUCUUCCAAACCAUCCAGCCUGGAAGAUAGAGACGGUACUGGCAACGGUGUACAGCAGCAGCAGCGCAAGCGCAGAAAGCAGCUCCUUGGCCGCGCCAAUUCGCAUUCCUCAAUGUUACUAAGUGCCACCGUACCAGGCGGCAGCGGUGGCGGCGACACGCGCAUAUCCCGAGCCAGCUCCAUCGACACCAUGAACGAAGACGGCCACGGCAGCGUCGUCGACGGGCUCGGCUUCGACAGCUCCUCGACCCCCAAAGCCCACAGCAACGCCCCCAGCGUCUCUACCUCCUCCGUUCUCGUAAACAAGAAGACGGAUAAGACAGAGGCGCAGCAGCUGCUGGAGUCUCGGUUGGAAAUGUUCCGCACUCAUACGACGGCUGAUUUCCCGCAUGGCGGCUCUAUGCGCGAUCAUGGCGGGGCCGGGUUCCCGGACGACGAUGACACGCCAGAUCUGACGCAGUUGGGCUAUGAGAUUCCCGAUGCGGCGGCUAUGAGAGCUAAGAUUGAUGGCGGGGCGGCGGGGGUGGCGGAUGGGAAAGAUGGGGCUUCCGCUGCCGCCACGGCCACGGCUAGGCACCGUGAGAUCACCUCGAAGAGUUUGGUGCUUAAAGAGAACGAGGCACUGGAUGGGUGGGGGAAUAGGAGGAGGACUAGAAGGUCGGGGAAAGGGGUGACGUAUGAGGGGUUAUGAUUUUGUGAUUUCUUUUAAUCUAUGGCUCCAUUUUCUUUCUCGUACAGAUAUAUCCGUGUAUAUACACAUCGCACAGAAGGUGUGCCAAAAUCUUACAAGCUUGAUCGCGUUCUGUGCUGGCAGUCAUCAAAGCGAGGGAAUAAGGCGUGAUAUUUUGGUUGGUGAGGAUUACUCGUUCAAAUUUUCUCUUGGAAGCGGGGAGGUGUUUUUUUGGUUCUUCUUUGGUGCAAAUUUUGGUUUUAUGUCCUGAGCACACUCUGAUGGCGAGUAAAUAAGGCGCCCUGUGGCUUCCAGUGCCAUUUUGGAUAAUAUAUAUAUUGUCUGCUGAGACAAAGGCAUGAUAGUAGGAUGAAGUGUAUUUCAACUCGCCUAUUCUAAACCGAUAAGUCCGAGGUUAUCGAUAGAAAGAGGGUUCGAUAGAAUGGGCUUUUACAAGAGGGAAUUAAGUACAGCAUUAAAGGAAGGAAGCUGCAUGCCAACCACAAAAAGAUCAUAGUCAAAAAAUGAAUUGCAUAAACCCCGGACAGUUAUCCACUUGUAGCUAGCUAUAAAUUAAUGUACACCAAGCGCUUCGGGUCCCCGCAAAAAUAAAAGCAGAAUGCUUUGCUUCAGGUAAUGAUUUUGCGCGCUCGGGGGAGAAGAAAUGGAAAAAGAAAUAGGGCGUUGACGGGGUAAUUUGUCCUUUAGGAUACCAAGGGAAAAAAAGAACAAAAAUAAAAAUAAAAAUAAACAUGGCAGAGGAACAAGAGGGAAAAAGGGCAAAA